UGUGACCCAGAUCCAUUAGUCACUUUCAAUCUUCCUCAAUCUCUCUCUCAAGUCAAAGGCAAGAUGGGGACUUAGGGUUUCUAGCCCCCGCCGACCGCUGAUCAUCUCCGACACUUCUCCGUUCUCCAAUCAACCCGACGCCACCAUCUCCGGCACCACCGACUAUCUUCCUCCUCUCCGUUCUCUGCUCAUCCGGAAGUGAGCAUCUCCGACACCGCGAACCUUCUCCUGCCACUGCAUCGCUUUGCGAUCUCCAUUCUCCUUGGAUUUAUACCUCCCUCAUUUUCUAGUAAUUAGGAGAAAAAGAAGUUAUAUUGCAAUCAGAGUAAGAAACAAAGAGGUAUUCAUCUUAUCCUUCAAAGAUGCGGGAAGAGGAAGUAAAUAGAUGUCAGAUCCAGGAAUGGUACCCAAAAUUUAAAAACAUCUCUAUUAAAACUGUUAUUCAUGAGCUUCCGGAAUCCUUUAUUCAGUACCUUCUUGAUGAUUCUGGGCCUUUCCUUCUUCCUCUUUCCAUUUCAAAGGAAGAUGCCCUACCCAACCGAAUCCAUAAACCAGAAGAAGAAGAAGAUUAUGUAGUAUCGGAAGGGUCUGGGGAUGAAUCAGAACAACCUUCCCCAGCACCUUCUUUCCCAGAACUUGAAUUGAAGAUCAAGGAAUCAAUUGAAUCCCUUGGCGGUGCUGUUUUUCCUAAGCUAAAUUGGAGUGCACCUAAAGACUCAGCCUGGAUUAGCUCAACUGGGAGUCUCAAAUGCACCUCUUUCAGUGAGAUCGCACUUUUGCUACGGUCAUCUGACUCACUCGUUCAUGAUCUUUGUCAUGCGUAUGAUUCCUGCAGUGAUAAAACUUCAUCAAGACCCUCAAGUUUUUUCCUAGCCCUCCGCAAGUGGUACCCUUCUCUCUGGCCAGAGAUGGAAUUCCGUUGUUUCAUAUAUGACCAGCACCUAGUUGGCAUUUCCCAGCGCGAGGUCACUGGGUUUUAUCCUGCUCUUGUUGAGAGGAAAAAGGAGCUAGAAAUGUUAAUCCAGGAAUUCUUUCUGGAUGAAUUGAGGCUGAAAUUUGAGUCAGAAAAUUACACAUUUGACGUUUAUGUUAGAAAGGAUGGGCGGGUUAAGCUUUUGGAUUUCAACCCAUGGGGUGCAUUCACACUUCCUCUGCUAUUUACUUGGGAGGAACUGGAGCAAAGUUUCAGCAAAGACGCAAAUGCUUUAGAAUUUAGAGUAGUGGGAAGUCAAUUUGGAGUAAGGCCAGGAUUAAAAACUGCAGUUCCUUAUGAUUACCUAGAUAUUAGUCCAGGGAGUGGCUGGGAUCAAUUCUUGAGGAAUGCUGAUGAGGAGUUGCGACGACAGACUGAGUUUUCUGAUGCAUGUGAUUAGGGAUUGUUGUUCCCAUUUCUGAGGUUAGUGUGGCCUUCUGUUCUGCACUUCCAAAAGGAGUUCACCGCCCUGUUUAUUUUUCCACUUUGUGUGUAUAGUUGUAGAACCUUCAAUACUGUAGUUGUGUCUGACUACACUUACCUCUUUGUUCUUUUGCCCCCUCUUUUGGACUUAUAAUUGCGUAGCAACUUGGAUUUUAAUUGCCUGUACCAAGAGAUUCAGGAUAACUUAUUUUUGGUUGUCACGUGUACUUUGCUAUU